AUGACGCUGCCAAAGCUUACCAGCACAGGCGACAAUGAACCGGAUAGCGGGCGUCCUCACGGUCAAGCUGCGGUGUACGGCGGCGCCACGCAGUUUCGGAGCCGAGCUCAUAAGCUAGCCACGCUCAUCAUGAUGACCACGGGCAGCGCCAACGCCGCCAUGUUUCCCAUGAUGUUCAUCUACUACGGAGGAGUGCCGUUCCUGCUGGCGUACCUGGUCCUGCUGGCGACCGUGGCGAUGCCCAUGAUGCAGCUGGAGAGCAGCCUGGCCCAGUUCUCCGGAGACGGCAACUGUGGCAUCUUCAGCACGGUUCCGCUGUUCCUCGGCACGGGCUACGCGCUGACGCUGUAUGUGAUUCUGCGCGUGGUCGCCGACACGCUGCCCCUGUCCGACGUGCUGCUGCAGAUCGCUGGUGUGGGAGGUUCCUCCGUCCCAUGGGCAAACUCCUGUCCGGGCGGCUGGGCGGCAAACAACCGCACCUGUUACGCCAUCAAACAGGGAUCGGUCCCGUGUCGAUCGUUGCGCAGUCGUUUCGUGGACUCGUUCCGGCGCCUGUCGCUGGGCGAAGGCGUGCCUAUCCUGUACGGGGACCAGGUGGCGCUGGUGCCGUCCAAGUCGUACCUCGAGGAGGCCGCCGGCUGUAUGCCUGACCUGUACACACCAUUGCCGCCGUACGACUUCCGGCGCCAGCAAAGUCUGGUGGAGCACACGUUCGACAACAUCCGGGUGCAGCCUCUGCUGUCGAUGGCCGCCAUCUGGGUCCUGGUGUUCACGCUCGCCCACGUGGGAUUCAUCCGGCUCAAGAAUUUCUUCUACGUGAUGCUGGGCCUGCACAUCGCAACCGCCAUCACGCUGCUGCUAAGGGCGCUGUCCCUGGAAGGCGCCGCAAGGGGACUCCAGGCUUUUGCCUACGCAGACUGGAGCCACUUACUCAGCGUGGAGAUGUGGUGUCAAGCUCUGUACACGUGCCUGGAAAGCGUGGGCAUCACGGGAACCGUCUACUUGGCCGUCCAGCGACUGAACUCCUUCAAGAACAACUUCCACGAGGACGUGUUGUGCGUGCUUGUGGCUGACACCGCCUCCAAGGGUAUCGGCACCUUAAUCGCUUUCCUGUAUCUCGGCUACUUGUCCACCAGCAUGGGCGUCGAUGUCAGGAUUCUCAUUGACUAUGGGUCCAGCAUCAUUGUGAGCAUCACACCGCAGGCUUUGAGCCUUGCACCCGACCCGGAGUUCUGGAGCCAAAUGUACCUACUGUGGCUGCUGUCCUCGCUGGUGCCUAAGAUCCUGAUCGUCCCCGACAUCAUCAUCGAGGCGCUGUCGCUGCCACACCCGUACAUUCUGCGGCACCGCGUUGUGCUGCACUUCGUCAUCUGCAGCAUUUUGUUCAUCAUAAGCAUCAUCGGCUGCAGUGCUCCACUAUAG